GCUGGAUGGAAUGGUAAACCACCAUUCUACCUAGGAGUAGGACCACUGUUUUUGAGCUUCUUUUACACCUCCAGAAAAGAAAAAAAGCUCUUUCUGUUUUGGUGGGGAAAAUGGAUGAUGAAGUGAUAUUGUUGGAUUUCUGGCCUAGCAUGUUUGGGAUGAGGGUAAGAAUUGCUCUGGCUGAGAAGGAGAUCAAGUAUGAGUACAGAGAAGAGGAUCUGAGGAACAAGAGUGAACUGCUUCUGAAGAUGAACCCGGUUCACCAGAAAAUCCCAGUUCUCAUCCACAACGGGAAACCAGUGUGUGAAUCUACAAUCGCAGUGGAGUAUAUUGAUGAGGUGUGGAAGGAUAAGGCCCCUUUGCUCCCCUCUGAUCCUUAUGAAAAAUCCCAGGCCAAGUUCUGGGCUGACUACAUUGACCAGCACAAGAUAAAUAUGUUGGGUUAUCAACUAUGGUCAACAAAGCUAGGAGAAGAUGAACAUGAGGCAAUAAGCAAGAAGCUGGUAGAAUGUUUGAAGGUGUUGGAGGGGGCACUUGGAAACAAGCCAUACUUUGGGGGUGAGAGCUUUGGGUUUGUUGAUAUUGCUCUCAUUACAUAUAAUAGCUGGUUUUAUUCCUAUGAGACCUUUGGUGGUUUCAACUUGAAGGAAGAGUGCCCUAAGCUGAUUACUUGGGCUAAGAGGUGCAUGGAGAAGGAAAGUGUGUCCAAGUCUAUCACGGAUCCUAACAAGAUCUAUGAGUUCGUCAAAUCGGCAAGGAAGCUGAGGGGAAUUGAAUAAAUAUUACCUUUAUUGGGGCACAAAUUCAAUUAUAAACAGAGUUAUGUACUCGGUUGAUUAACUGCUUUAUUAGAUUUCUCGAAGGUUUAUAUUGCGUGCGACUUUGCGUAUGUUGUGAAAUUGUGGAGUUUUAUGUGAUCAAGUAUAAUAAUAUAUAAUUUAUAUAUAUGUUGUUGGAAA